GAUAGUUCUCGUUGUUUCUCGUUUUCGAUCAAUCGAAUCGCUGUGUGGGAUAGUUGAGUAGGAGGAGCAGGAUUGAGAGAGGAGAGUUUCGCGAUUCAGUGUGUCUGGAAUAAAGUCCGUUAUAUAAAAAAAAAGUUAUUCUUUCUUUAAUGUGUUAUUUAUUAUCUACGUUUCGGUAUAAUUUAAGUAAUUUUACAUCCAAUUGUUAAUUUGCUGCUGAAAAAAAACACAAAAUGAGUGAGAACGCAGAAAUCAUAGGAGUAACAUUGCCUGAAGAUGCGGCCAAAGCGGAAAAGUUUAAAGAAGAAGCUAACGAAUACUUCAAAAAUCAUGAUUAUAACAAAGCCAUAGAUUUCUACACUAAAGCCAUAGAAUUCAAUCCUUCGGUGGCAGUAUAUUAUGGGAAUAGAAGUUUUGCCUAUUUGAAAUUAGAAUGUUUUGGAUAUGCACUUAUAGAUGCAUCAAAAGCUAUUGAGUUAGAUAAAAAUUAUGUAAAAGGAUAUUACCGUCGAGCUGCUGCUCAUAUGUCACUUGGCAAGUUCAAACUAGCUGUUAAGGACUAUAAAACUGUUAUUACAGCAAGACCAAAUGACAAAGAUGCAAUGCUUAAAUAUACAGAAUGUAGUAAGAUACUAAAAAAAUUAGCUUUUGAGAAAGCAAUUUCUGUGAAUGAAAAUAAGAAGAAUAUAGCUGAUACGAUUAAUUUAGAAGCUAUGGCCAUCGAAGAUGAAUAUACAGGACCUAAACUUGAAGAUGGAAAAGUUACAUUACAGUUUAUGCAGGAUUUGUUAGAAUGGUACAAGAAACAAAACAAAUUGCACCGUAAAUAUGCCUACAAGAUUCUUUUAGAUGUGAAAGCAUGGUUCAUGGAACAACCAAGUUUAGUUGAUAUUACAAUCCCUGAGGAUAGUAAAUUUACUAUCUGUGGAGAUGUACAUGGACAGUACUAUGAUUUACUUAAUAUAUUCCAGUUAAAUGCAUUACCUUCAGAAACUAAUCCAUAUUUAUUCAAUGGAGAUUUUGUUGACAGAGGCUCAUUUUCUGUAGAAUGUAUAUUUACUUUAUUCGGAUUUAAGUUGUUGUAUCCAAAUCACUUUUUUAUGUCUAGAGGUAAUCACGAAUCUGACACCAUGAAUCAAAUGUAUGGAUUCGACGGAGAAGUCAAAACAAAAUACUCUGCUCAAAUGGCAGAAUUAUUUACAGAAGUUUACAAUUGGCUUCCUCUUGCACAUUGUCUUAAUAACAGAGUGCUCGUAAUGCAUGGUGGUCUAUUUUCAAGGGAUGAUGUUACAUUAGAAAAAAUCCGACAAAUUGAUAGAAAUAGGCAACCACCGGAAAAAGGAUUAAUGUGUGAAUUAUUGUGGUCGGAUCCACAACCACAGCUGGGUAGAGCACCCAGUAAGAGAGGAGUUGGUGUUCAAUUUGGACCUGAUGUUACGCAGAAUUUUCUUGCUCUGAACCAUCUUGAUUACAUUGUAAGAAGUCAUGAAGUGAAAAAUGAUGGAUAUGAAGUAGAUCACGAUGGAAAAUGUAUCACUGUGUUCUCUGCCCCAAAUUAUUGUGAUACUGUGGGUAAUCGGGGUGCCUUUAUUACACUCAAUGGCAAAGACAUGGAACCCCACUUCACAUCAUACGAUGCAGUGCCUCAUCCAAAUGUAAGGCCAAUGGUAUAUGCUAAUUCUCUACUAAAAUUCAUGUGCUAGUGGAACACUCUAGGUACUGUAGGUACUCUAGGUAAAUAAAUAAGAAACGAUAAAUGAAUACGAGUAGACCAAUCGAAG